UCAAGUGUGUUUUUAUUCAGAUACAUAUAGUUUAUGUACUUCACAUCUUUUUGGUCCUACGUAUCAAAACCAAUUUGAAUCCGGAGCACAUUCGAAAUUUAUCGGUUAUUUAUUAGUAGUUGCUGUAGGUGCUAUCCACAGUCCUAUUUAUUUCUACAACAUCAAAUUCAGAGCAAUCAAGCUUUAAAUUUUUUUUUGAAAUCACAGCUUUUGAAAGAACUUACAGCUGUGCAAGUGCUCUGUAGAGCCAAAUAUUCAAAACAAUUGUUUAGUGCUUUCCAUAAAUUUCUACAGCAAUAAAAUUUAAAACCACAGAAAAAAAUUUACAGAUUUUUUUUUACAGCAAAAAUUUUAAACCUACAGCCAUUACCAAUCGGGCCCUAUAAAUAUUUAGUUAUACGAUCCGAACAAACCAAAAUUCUGUUGAAACUGAUCCAAAAUUAAACAGAAAAUUGAGAUACCUAUAUGUUCGAAUAUUAUCCAAAGACCUGAAAUCAUGAUUUGGUGCACACUUUUAAUAAAAAAAAUAUCUUGUGGUGUCUGCACAGUGUUAAUGAGAUGAAGCAUAAAAAAAGACAUCAUACUGAGCUUAGGUUGUUUACUUAGGAUACUUGUACAUUUGCUUCGAGUACCAAGUAGUCAUAAUGAGAUAGUCCCCUCAAUAUUUAUACUCAUGUUUGGAUAGGAUUUUUUUACUCGGUAAAUUUUUAUACUUUAUAACCAAUGAUAAUAAAAUGUGGAAGCCCCCUUAGUCUAAUAGUUUGACUAAGGGUUCAUUAGUACUUAAACAACAGAAAGUCUGAGUUUCGAAUCCUAGCAAAGGCGAAUUAUGCAGAUUUAUGGAGAAAAGCAUAUAGGAGAUCUCCGGCAUGGCGCAAGUACAUUCUAUAGAAUUGUCUUGUAAUAUUUAUCAUAGUUUGUAAUAGCAUAAAUAACAAUCUAAAAAAAAAAAAUCGUAAUAAAAAUAAGACAUCCCACACUAUUAAUUGAUUUCUUCUUGCUUUUCACUUAAAACAAAUUAACUUUUUUACAUGCUAUUAAAUUACCCCAGACGUAACUUUUUUUCUUUUGGAAAGAAAUUGGGCAAAAGUAAAUAGUUCAAAUCCAAAAAAGUUAAUCACGAGUUAGUUUCCUUUCUUUUUCUCUAGUCAAAUAUUCUAGGAUUUUGUAUAUAUAAUCAUGGAAGGAGAGACGAGUAGCAUUGUGGAAGUUCCUAGUUCUCUCUUCAUCAGUGUAGUUUUUCUUCUUGCUGAUUUUUUUUGCACAUCUAUCUCGCUCUCUCUCUCAAAGAUGGAAGUUCAAAGGCAACUUGACUAUGAGGAAAGCCAUCACGACCACGUGGUUCAGAUUUCAUCAGUCGAGGCAAGCUUGGUGAAGGCAGCCAAGAAGACAUGUGGAGAAACACCUUGCUUGUUCUUUGAUGCCAAUUCAUUAUCAAGGGAGGCUGGGGACCGUAAAGCAGCGAUGAAAAAACUGUUGGUGGCGGUUGCGCUAUGUAGUCUCUUUAUCGUCGUUGAAGUGAUCGGAGGCAUUAAGGCCAACAGCCUAGCUAUUCUCACUGAUGCUGCUCAUCUUUUCGUGGAUGUAACAGCUUUUGGAAUUUCCUUGUUCUCACUUUGGGCUUCAGGAUGGGAGGCAACCCCACGCAAGUCUUAUGGAUUCUUCAGAAUCGAGGUCCUUGGUGCCCUUGUAUCGGUCCAGAUGAUUUGGCUUCUUGCUGGAUUCUUAGUAUACGAAGCUAUCGCAAGACUUCACAACGGCGGUGGCGAAGUUCAGGGCUCUCUCAUGUUUGGUAUCUCUGCAUUUGGUCUCAUGGUGAACCUUGCAAUGGCUUUUCUGUUAGGGCACAGCCACGGUGGUCACAGUCACGGUCAUGGCCACGACCAUGAAAAUCAACACGAUCACCACCACCACCCACAACUAUCUGAAGCCUUGCUCGAGGAAAAUGGCACUAGGAGUGAGAAGAAGCGGAAUCUAAACUUGGAAGGAGCUUAUCUUCAUGCUUUGGGAGAUUUAAUCCAGAGCGUGGGGGUGAUGCUAGGAGGGGCAGUGAUUUGGUACAAACCUGAGUGGAAGAUCAUUGAUCUCAUAUGCACCCUUCUCUUUUCAGUGAUUGUGUUGGGGACAACGUUAGGCAUGUCUAGGAACAUUCUAGAUGUUUUAAUGGAGUCAACCCCACAAGAGAUAGACGCGGACAAGCUUGAAAAGGGAGUAUGCGAGAUGGAAGAAGUAGUGGACGUCCAUGAGAUGCACAUUUGGUCCAUCACUCCUGAUAAAAUUACACUGGUGUGUCAUGUGAAGGUCAGACCAGAGGCGGAUGGAGAUAUGGUUCUGGACAAGGUGAUUGACUACAUCAAGACCGAAUACAACAUCAGUCACGUCACCAUUCAGAUUGAACGCCAGUAAUGCUUUUGAGGGGGUGUGUUUGUGCUGUAUGAAUUUAGACCUUUAUUCUGUCUGCAUUUUACUUAAUAAAUAUUAGGCUCCUGUUUUUCUAUCAACAACCGUUCUCUCUAAUAAAUAAAUAAAAUUAUAGUUCUAGAAA